UUUAAAGAUGUGUGUAGUCCUUCUCAGUCUUUCUCGAUCCUUGCAUUAAUUUGUAUUGGCGUAAUCGUGAACGUUGUACUUACGUUUGUGUGUGCGUACCAUAAGAUUAAAAACAUUUAUAUUACAAAAUAGAAGACAUUAAUUAAUCAUUAAAAAUGAUUAUUCCCGUGAGGUGUUUCACUUGUGGAAAAGUUAUUGGAAACAAAUGGGAGGCAUAUCUUGGCUUACUACAGGCAGAGUACACCGAAGGUGAUGCUCUUGAUGCAUUGGGUUUGAAACGAUAUUGCUGUCGCCGAAUGCUGCUUGGACAUGUGGAUCUUAUUGAGAAACUUCUUAAUUAUGCACCUUUAGAAAAAUGAAUAUAUAUAUAUAUAUUUAUUUAUAUAUAUAUGAUAAACUCGUUGUUCGGCAUAGUUUCUCAUAUUAAAUCACGAUCUAUACAUUAUCAUAAUGAGAUUUACUAUGUAUAAGAAUCUAAGCAUAUAUUUUUUUAUAUCAUUUUUGUAAUAUAAAACAUUUAGUAAGCAUGUUAAUUAAUUAAAAUAUGAUAACUUAAUCAUUCAUUUGUACAAUAGUAAAAAAAUAUAAAUUUUAGGAAUUAGGUAAAGGUCAAAGAAUAUUAGAUAGAAUAUGAUCACUAUAAAUCUUUCAUACAUGCAGCCAGUGCAAUAUAUAUUUUUUAUGGUCGUUAGGAAAACAGAAAUUAUUGAUUAUAAUACAAAAAUUUGGCGCAUAGAAUGUUAAUAUUAUAUUUGUCUGGAACUUAUGAAUAAUAGUUUUUUUUUUUAACUCGAAUUGAAACGAAUUGAAUUUGAGAAAUCAGUUGUAACUUAAUAUAUCUUAAUACAUAUCGAUAUUAAAUGCAUUAUGAAAAAAUUAACUUGUGAAAGUGGAGGCCCACAGUUUUAAUUAUUAUGUUUUCAAAUGGCUUUGUCAUAUUGUAGAAUACAUCGAUAUGAAAAAUACUAACAAUUUAUUAUCCAUAUUCAUUUGAUUCACUCAUAUUAAUACAUACAGAUAUGAAUUAUGAGAGAUGAUUCAUCUAAUGAUUUUAAUGUUUUAAUUUAAAAUUUUCCUAUGCAUGAGACCAAUUCAUGAGACCUCGAUUCUUCUAGAAUUCUGAAUGUACAGAAUAAUAAGAAAUCUAUGUUAUCAAUGAUUUCUAUAUUUAAUCAACUAUCUGGAUAUACAAUUUUUAUUAUAGCACUACGCGAUCCAAAUACUAACGCUAUUAUGCUAAUUACGCAUAUAAUAAUAUUUUUCACUGCUACCCAAUUAGCUGGUCCAAAACCAGUAUCCCAAUAUGUAACGAUUUCAAUAAGUGCAGGCAUAAAAAGUCCCAAUAUGGAAAAACAAAAUGCCCCGAUUAAACUAAUGAAAGGUCCAAUAUUUGGCACAGCUACUGCAAGUAAUACUGGAAAAAGAAAGAAAAACAAUAUUGAUAAUUAAUAUUAUAUUAAAAUAUUUCUAAUAUAAUUAAAUAUAAAAAUCAAAGAUUUUUACCUGCUCCAGUAACCAUAGUUGUUCUUAAAACAUAAUUCGCUAAAAGUGGUUUCUUUUGAAAAUGAUCUUUAAUUCCAGUCCAUGCAAUAUCUAAGCAUACAUAAAAUUGUAAUCCAAACGUACAAUAAACUGCUAAGCCAAUUAAAAUUUGCACAACUUGAGCCGGACUGUAAAAAUAAUAAUAUAAAAUUGUAUUAUAUUUUAAUAUUGAUAAUUUAGUAUCAAUAAAUAAUAAAUAAUAUUUUA